UCGAUCCACUGCACACGUACUCGUCGCUCGUCCCUACAGUUUGUUCGAACUUGCCGUGAUCCUUCCAUAAACCAUUCCUCCCGUCAACCUGCCAUUGCCACACACACAAGCUGCAAACCAUGCAGGAGGUUGGAGGAGGGGACAGCAUGCAUCUGCUCCUGAGCAUCCUGACCGACGGCGAGGAGCAGGCAAGGCGCCUCCUGGGCGAGCUGCCGGCGACGGCCGGCAACCAGCUGCCUCCGGCGAAGGAAUGCUGCAGGGACGUGGCGCGGCAGCUGCGGUGCACGUUUGGCAAGGCGAUUGCCGUCGCCAAGGCCAUCGAGGCGUCUCAUGGCGGCGCCUCGAGCACCGACUCGCCUCGGUCGGCCGAGGAGAACUCCGGCGCUGUCGUGGCUGCAAGCAGGGACGCGGCGCAAGCGCAAGAGAGCCAAGGCAUUUGCAAGAGAAGGAAGGGCCUCCCAAGAUGGACCCAAAAAUUCCGAAUACCAGACGCAAAUUUAGAUUACACUCCAGAUGACGGGCUCAGCUGGAGGAAGUACGGCCAGAAGGAGAUCCUCGGCGCCAGAUUUCCAAGGGGCUACUACCGCUGCACGUACAGGAACGCGCAGGGCUGCCCCGCCACGAAGCACGUGCAGCGCUCCGACGCCGACCUCGCCGUGUUCGACGUCACGUACCAGGGCACGCACACGUGCCAUCAGAAGCAGCGCAACGCCGACGCCGCGCCGCCUCCUCCCGCCGUGGCAGCCGCGAGCGACGGCGGCCACCACCCGCCAUUGCAGGACCCGGACGUGCAGAUGCUGGCGAGUUUCAACAACAGCCUCAAGGUGGAGACCGACGGGAUGCCGCCGUCUUCAUCGUCCUUCCACGGCCACGACGUCUCCGCUGCCGCCUUCUCCUUCCCCUACCCCACGUCGGCGGGCUUCUCGCCGGUUGAGUGCGCCGGCUACGACCAGCUGCCGGCCGGAGGUGGCUGCUUCUCCGCGGCGCCGUUCUUCUCGCCGGCCGCCACGACGUCGACCGAUUCGGGCUACUUCUCCGUUGCUGCGCACUUCCCUGCGGUGGGCAGGCGCGGGCCGGAGUCGUCGGAGCUCGGGGAGGUCGUCUCCGCGGCAACAACGUCCUCAGCGGCGGUGGCCGCCCGGCUCGACAACUCGCUGUACGAGUACCAGCUGCACGACGACGAUUUCAACUCGUUCUCGCCAAUGCCCGGUCACCCUUCUUCCCAUGACCAGCACGGAGACGCGUGAUGGUCGGAUGGAAU